CUCUCGAAAACAAAAGCCAAAACAAACGGAGAGAGAGAAAAGAAGAAAAGAGGAGGGAGAGAAAGCUGAGCACUACUCCACCACUCUCCACUCUUCCAAACACAAGAGCUAAAAUUCCUCACUUCUGCUUCUUCUCCAAUACCCAGAUGCUCAAAUUCCUCAAACCCUUACUAAUAAUCAUCUCAAUUUCAACUCAAAUCACACAAAAAUCUCUCUUACUUCCUUAAAUCCCUAAAAAAAACCCAAUCUUUCUUCCCCAAAUUCCCACCCCACAAAAAAAACACACACACAAACACCAUGUACAUUUCCGACACAAGUCACAAUCCCACAACAAACACAACAACAAAACCACCUUCUUCUUCUCUUGAAUUCUCCGACGACGACCACAAUCACCAUGACAUGAUGAUCGAGGUGGUCCCCACUCACCACCACCAGCACCACCACAACAACCACCAACAGCAGCACCAUCAAUCUCAUUGUUUGCCGGCCGCAACGGCAUCCUCAUCAGGACCCAAAAAACGGGCUGAAACUUGGGUUCAAGACGAAACCCGGAGUUUGAUUAGUUUAAGGAGAGAUAUGGAUUCAUUGUUUAACACCUCAAAAUCUAAUAAGCAUUUGUGGGAACAGAUUUCGUCGAAAAUGCGAGAUAGAGGGUUUGAUAGGAGCCCAACUAUGUGUACUGAUAAGUGGAGGAACUUGCUUAAAGAGUUUAAGAAGGCAAAACAACAUUCUUGUGGUAGUGCUAGUGCUAGUGUUGGUGCUUCUACUACUGGUAAUGGUAAUAAUGGAUCAGCUAAGAUGUCUUAUUAUAAGGAAAUUGAUGAGAUUUUGAGGGAAAGAAGUCGUUCUACUUCUUCUUCUAAUGCAGCUGGAUAUAAAAGUCCUAAUCAUAAUCAUAAUAAUGAUGGGAUUAAUCAUUCUUCUAAGGUUGAUCCUUUCUUGCACUUCUCUGAUAAAGGUAUUGAUGAUGCUACUAUUCCUUUUGGACCCAUUGAAGCUAAUGGGAGGCCAACACUAAAUUUAGAAAGGCGUUUGGAUCAUGAGGGGCACCCUCUUGCCAUUACUGCAGCUGAUGCUGUAACAGGCGGUGGUGUUCCCCCAUCAUUUUGGCGGGAGACCCCUGGGAAUGGUGAUGAUCCGCAUUCUUUUGGUGGGAGAGUCAUUACUGUCAAAUGGGGAGAUUACACAAGAAGGGUUGGUGUAGAUGGCACUGCCGAGGCCAUCAAGGAUGUAAUCCGAUCUGCAUUUGGGUUAAGGACUAAACGUGCUUUUUGGUUGGAGGAUGAGGAUCAGGUUGUUCGUUCUCUUGACAGAGACAUGCCACUGGCCACUUACACUCUUCACCUUGAUCAAGGCAUGACAAUAAAAUUGUGCCAUUAUGAGGAUUCGGACCACAUUCCAUAUCCCAGUCAGACGAUAUCUCAUACCGAAGAAAAAACAUUUUAUACUGAGGACGAUUUUCGUGAGUUUAUGCUUCGCCGUGGGUGGUCAUGCCUUCGGGAGUUAAAUGGGUACAGGAAUAUCGACAAUUUGGAUGAUCUCCGCCCAGACUCGUUAUAUCGUGGUGUGACUUAAGAAUCUCCUCAGUUGUCAUGUCUCCCAUCUCCAGAUCUUUAACCAGAGAAAGCCCACUUGUAAUUAAAGAUUUGCUGACUGAAAAUGAAAUCUUCUUUUCUAACCUAUUUGUACAGAUAGAUUGCCUUGUUCUAUGAACUUAUAAUUGUAUAUAUACACUGUCAACUUCUUAUGUAAUGUAAUUCUCGUCCAAACA